GGUCGUGGGGUACAGCGCUCUCUGGAGUUGACGUAGUUUUCACGAUGGGUGUUCCCGCGCCUUGGGAUCGGGUCUCGUCACCGUUUGCUGGCUUUUGGCUCACUUUCUUCAGCGGGCUCGUCCACGCCGACAACUCCAGGUGACCAGGUGGGAGUACCUGCGUGCAGGGAAUGUACAAAAGUCGCUGAGAGUGUCAACUCGGAACGCACCCAUGGAAAACACGUUCAGUUUCCACGAGCAGGCCUCGGAAUUGUCAUAUGAAGACAACGAUGCAGCCCUCCCCUCGCCACCGACAAUGACUCCAGCAGACCUCCGUGAUGUAGAAAUCGGGAGGAAACGUGACGAUAACAAUGAAGCACCUGUACGUACGUACAACAUUCCCAAAGAUUCUGGCGCCUUCCUCAACCUCAACACCAAUGCCACCACCAGAGGAGACGCUCAGGCGUACGUGGAGCUCAACGAGCUGCGGGGUAACACCUGGCAGGAGACUGGUCGCUGGGUGGGCUACGAGGAGAACUUCAACCCCGCCACAGGGAAGUGGAGUCCUUCUCACGUGUCCUACCUCACGUUCAAGAGUCUCAUCCAGCUACGCAAGACCAUGAGCACAGGUGCCGUCAUCUUCGACCUGAACGCCAGCAGUCUGUCCGCCGUGGCCGAGAAGGUGGCCGACGAGCUCCUCAGCAAGAGCGAGAUCCGAGCCAGCGACCGGGACGGGGUGCUCAGAGCUCUCCUCAUGAGACGCAGCCAAAUCGAGGGGCCGGUGGUCACCCCUACAGGAGACAUCCAGAUGCAGACUUUUUCAGUUCCUCAGAAGAGAGACACCUCUGACAACAUGGAGGCGUCCAUCGUGCUCUCAGGUGUCCUGGAUCUCCUGGAGAAGCCAGUGGUGGCUUUUGUCCGACUGAGAGACUCCGUGGUGAUGGAGUCCACCCUGGAGUGUCCCGUUCCUGUCCGGUUCGUUUUUGUCCUGUUGGGUCCCAGCCAGAGCGGAGUGGACUACAGCGAAAGCGGGCGCGCCAUGGGGGCUCUCAUGGCCGACUGGGUGUUCUGCUUGGAGGCGUUUCUGGCCGAGAACGACAAAGACCUGACCAACGCCAUCGCGGACUUCAUGGACUGCAGCAUUGUCAUCCCCCCCACUGAGAUCCAGGACCCGGGAAUGCUUGAGCCCAUCAUCAAGUUCCAGAAAGGGAUGCUGCAGGACAGGCUCCGCCCCAACGACACCCGUCUCGCCUUUGGGGACAGGAUUAAAGUGGAGAAAACUGCGGAGCCCCCGAGAGAAGACCCUCUGGCUCGUACCGGAGUCCCCUUCGGUGGGAUGGUGAAAGACAUCAAGCGUCGUUACCGCCACUACAUCAGCGACUACACCGACGGUCUGAAUGCUCAGGUCCUGGCGGCCGUCAUCUUCAUCUACUUCGCCGCCCUGUCGCCCGCCAUCACCUUCGGAGGACUUUUAGCUGACAAAACAGAGAGGAUGAUGGGCGUGUCAGAGCUGAUGAUCUCCACCAGCAUUCAGGGCAUCAUCUUCUGCAUCAUCGCCGCCCAGCCCGUUCUCGUCCUCGGCUUCUCCGGACCGCUGCUGCUCUUCGAGGAGGCCUUCUUCAUCUUCUGCAGGUCCCAGGAGAUCGAGUACAUCGUGGGCCGGAUCUGGGUAGGUAUGUGGCUGGUGGUGAUCGUGGUCAUCAUCGUGGCCGUGGAAGGGAGCUUCCUGGUCCGCUUCAUCUCCCGCUUCACCCAGGAAAUCUUCUCCAUCCUCAUUUCUCUCAUCUUCAUCUAUGAGACCUUCAAUAAGCUCAUCAAGAUCUUCAAGGCCCACCCCUUGAUUCUCAACUACAAACAUCUCAACACCUCAAACCCCUUCCACCAUGCGGUCACCAAUAACAUCGUCAACACCACCAGCAAUGAGACAAUCGCCGGGGCGCCGGUGGAGGGGCCGGCCUACCCCAACACCGCCCUGCUGUCCAUGUGCCUCAUGCUGGGCUGCUUCUUCAUUGCCUAUUUCCUGCGACAGUUCAAAAAUGGCACUUACUUGCCUGGCCCGUUGCGACGCUUGAUUGGAGAUUUUGGCGUCCCCAUCGCUAUUUUUAUCAUGAUAGCUGUGGACAUCAGCAUUGAGGACACUUACACUCAGAAACUUUCCGUGCCAAAAGGUGUCCAGGUGACCAACCCCCAGGCCAGAGGCUGGUUCAUCAAUCCGAUGGGGGAAAAGAAGCCUUUCCCAGUUUGGAUGAUGGCCGCCUCCUGCGUACCAGCCCUGCUCGUCUUCAUCCUCAUUUUCCUGGAGUCCCAGAUCACCACGCUGAUCGUCAGCAAACCGGAGAGGAAGAUGAUAAAAGGGUCCGGCUUCCAUUUCGAUCUGCUCCUCCUGGUCACAAUGGGUGGCAUCUCCUCCAUAUUUGGGGUGCCCUGGCUGAGCGCUGCCACCGUGCGCUCCGUCACCCACGCCAACGCGCUCACCGUCAUGUCCAAGGGCCCCAAACCGGAGAUAGAAAAGGUGGUGGAGCAGAGGAUCAGCGGCAUUCUCGUGGCCAUCUUGGUCGGUGUGUCUAUCUACAUGGAGCCACUCCUGAAGAUGAUCCCCAUGACGGCUUUGUUUGGCAUCUUCCUCUACAUGGGGGUCACGUCCCUGAGUGGGAUCCAAAUGUGGGAUCGGAUUCUUCUCUUGAUCACGCCCAAGAAGUAUUAUCCACCAGAUGCCUACGCCACCAGGGUGUCCAGCAUGCGGAUGCACCUGUUCACGCUGAUCCAGCUGGUGUGUCUGGCCGUCCUGUGGGUGGUGAAGAUGAGCCCCGCUUCCCUGGCCCUGCCCUUCAUCCUCCUCCUCACCGUGCCCCUGCGCAUGUUCAUGACCGGCACACUCUUCUCUACUUUGGAGAUGAAAUGUCUGGAUGCGGAUGAUGCAAAGGUGAAAAUUGAGGAAGACGUCGGAGAGGACGUGUACAAUGAGUCUCCAUUGCCGUGAAAAAAAAAAAAGUUUGCGUUUCAAGGUAAAUUCUAUGGUAUCGUUGAUUAUUC